UUCAGGCAGAGGAAAACAAAGAUGGCGUCCGGUCAGCAGUGGGUGUUGGUAGAAAUGGUUCAGGCGUUUUACGAGGCCCCUGCCUAUCACUUGAUCUUGGAAGGUAUCCUCAUACUAUGGAUCAUCCGGCUUUUGUUUUCAAAGACGUAUAAACUCCAGGAGACCAAUAAACUCACAGAGAAGGAAAAGGAGGAACUAAUUGAAGAAUGGCAACCAGACCCUCUGGUUCCGUUAGUGUCCAAAGACCACCCAUCCCUCAGUUACGACAUUGUGACGGGCCCACCAAGCCAUAAAAUUAUAAUUAAUGGAAAGGAGUGCAUCAAUUUUGCCUCGUUUAACUUCCUGGGUCUGUUGGAUAAUGACAGAGUGAAGCAAAAGGCUUUAACAUCUCUCAAGACAUACGGUGUUGGAACGUGUGGUCCCAGAGGGUUUUAUGGGACUUUUGAUGUCCAUCUAGAGUUGGAGAGUCGACUGGCCAAGUUUAUGAAAACGGAAGAGGCCAUUAUCUAUUCAUAUGGCUUCGCCACCAUUGCGAGUGCAAUCCCUGCCUAUUCAAAGAGGGGUGACAUUGUUUUUGUGGAUGAGGCGGCUUGCUUCUCCAUCCAGAAAGGCCUUCAGGCGUCACGCAGUGUCAUCAAGUACUUUAAGCACAAUGACAUGGAGGACCUGGACAGACUGCUGAAAGAACAACAGCUUGAAGACCACAAGAAUCCACGCAAGGCCAAAGUCACAAGGAGAUUCAUCGUUGUGGAAGGACUGUACAUGAACACUGCUGAUAUCUGCCCUCUCCCAGAGCUGGUGAAGAUGAAGUACAAGUACAAAGUCCGUAUCUUCCUGGAGGAAAGUCUGUCUUUUGGGGUUCUGGGAGAGCAUGGUCGAGGGGUCACGGAACACUUUGGGGUCAAUAUCGAUGACAUUGACCUGAUCAGCGCCAACAUGGAGAACGCCAUCGCUUCCAUCGGCGGUUUCUGUUGCGGCCGGUCGUUUGUAAUCGACCAUCAGCGUCUCUCGGGCCAGGGCUACUGUUUCUCAGCCUCUCUGCCUCCGAUGCUCGCUGCGGCCGCCAUCGAGGCUCUGGACAUCAUGGAGGAGGAUCCAGAUAUCUUCACUGUAUUGAGAGAGAAGUGCACAAGUGUUUACCAUGCGUUACAGGGGACCUCGGGCCUGAAGCUGGUGGGAGUGCCCUUAUCCCCCUCGCUUCAUUUGCAGCUAGAGAGAAGUUCUGGUUCCAGAGACACGGACCAGAGGACGCUACGGCGCAUCGUCGAUUACUGUUUGGAGAGGGAGGUGGCUCUGACUAUCGCACGCUACCUAGAGAAAGAGGAGCGCUAUCUCCCCCCGCCAACUAUUAGGGUGCUGGUCACUGUUGAACAGACGGAUGAGGAAAUCCAGAAGGCUGUGUCUUGCAUUAAAGAGGCAGCCUUGGCUGUAAUAUCCUAGUCACUCUCCCAUUCAAACCAACCAGCAUCUAAACUGGUUUCUUUGCAAGAUAAAGUGGAAAUAGGAUAUCUGAAAAUACAACCACUUUUCUCAAAUACAACUCAACCAUUCAAGUUGAGUUUUUUUUUAGUUUUUUUUACAUUAAAUAACCUUAUUUUUCACUCCUUGUUGUAUUAUCGCCUUAAUUAUGUUUCUUAUUUUUUACACAUGAAUGAUAUGUAUUCUAUGAUUGUGAAUAGUUUGGUACCCAAGAAAAUGCACAUUCCAUUCUUGUUUCAAUGUCACAUUUGUUUAAAGCCUUAAGUAAUGGACACUACAUCGACAUGGAAAGUCAAAGAAAACACCUAGAAUGUGCACAUUCCAUUUUUCAGUACUGACACCAUCCAUUACUUUGAAUGAACACCAUAGACCUACACUGUUGAUGUUAAAACACAGGAUUAUAAGGAACCACAUAAAUGCCUAAUGACUUGGGAAAGUGAGAAGAAGGGUGGGAGAAAAAUGUAAUAUUUAUCAGACUAAAAUAUAUUCUGCUUAUUUAUUUGAGUCUAACUGUCUCCGUGAAACCCUGUGCCUUGUGUGGCGCCUCCCAGGCCCACUGUGUGAGGUCACAAAGUGUUGUCGUCGUAGUUUUAAAUAGUGUAGUUUGAAAGGGUUCUCCCAAACCAAUCUCCAAAGAGAAAUCUCCUUGGAAAGUUUUCUUAUAUUUCUUUCUUCUUCACUUCUGUUCUUGUGUAUAUCUCGGGCGCCUUAAAAUGUGAAGCACGAAAAAUGUGUUGACCAAAGUUAUGUAUGAAUACCAUCCUCAAUGUAUGAAGGAUAAUGUAGGUCAUACAACAUAUAUGGUAAAGCUUCAUUUUACAAGAGGGUAAUAGAAAUGUAAAAUAAAUACUGGUCAAGAAUUCACUCCGCCUUGCAUCAUUUAGUGAUUCUGCUACUAAUGUAUCGAGUUCAUCCUUUUCAUAAACAUUCAAACAAAAUCAUCCAAUAGUACAGUAGUAGGAGUAUGUCAUUAGCCGUCUGUAAAAUAAAGCAUUACCAAAUGUCCUGUUAAACAUGCUUGGAUUACGCUGUAUUGCUUGCUUGCUAAAAUGAUGAAUGUGCCUUAUGUAUUUGUAUUUAAUGAGUGUGUGGCGACGACGGUAUAUUUCAAAGAUGCUCUAUGAACUGGAUUGUCACAAGCUCACUUUCUCCUACACUCAAUGCUUGACACUGCAUAUCAGAAUGAGGCUGAAAGAAAAAAAUGUUACCUCUGAUGUGGUCAUAUUUUUGUUAAAUUGUUAAAUCAAAGCCAUUAAAACUGUUCUGUUAGAAAUCA